GCUGGCGAUCACGACCAUGCGGCCCUAAAAGGAGGCGCUCGGGGUGGCUGGAACACACUAUGGCUGCGCGCAAAACUCGGAAAGUGAGUCGCAACUCUAACGAGAACGACUGCUACUCAGGUGAUAAGCUUAAGAAAAGGAAAGAGCUAUUCAUACAGCAGUUUGAGAAAGAAGCACAGGAAAGAGUAAACGAAAUGGAGGCUAAACUGGACAAGGUACUGACGACCCUUGACCGAGCGUUCAAAAUAGAAAUGAUGAAACUGCCUCAGUCGCUCCAUACCACGCUGAUUAAAGAUCUGAUGACCGCCGCCGAAACCUCUGUCGGGGAGGUCACGAUGGCAAUCGCGUCUGCGUCUCCAGAGAUCAGCAAGCCACUUAGCAGGAAGCCCAGUAAAAAAGGGAAAGCAAGUAAUACAGCAGUGCAAGAGCCCUUGAUGGGUCAGAUCAAGACAGAAGAAACCUCCAAGGUAAGACGAACCAAGAUAAAAAUGCACCCUAGUAACAGCACUGGAAGCCUCAGAGGUGCCUCAACUACCUCUGCAAAAAGACCUCACGGUCGUGUUAAACUCAGCGAUCAAGCACAUCCACUCGGUAUUAAAAUGAGUGUGACGAAUCGCUCGCUUAGUGACGAUCUUUCUGGGAUUGCUACAGCCACAAUUAUGACAUCCCAUGGAGAGACCCUGCUUCUUUCGGAGGAGACCAAAGAUGAUGUCAAACUUGAACUUCUGGAUGACAUGGCACUGUGCCAAAUACAGAAGAUUAAGGAGCUGAUGGAGUACCUGUCUAACAGAGUGAGAAUGAAUACCCAGUGAUGUGGCUAAUGACACUAAGAAUAAAAAUGGUUUGUUUUUUUAAAUAUAUAACUUGCUAAUAAAUGUUAAGUACAUCCUUA